AUGAUUGAGAAAUUAAUAACUUGUUCUUUAAAUGAUAAUAUCAGAAGGAAGUUAAAUAAACAUAAGCACGAAGGUUUAGAUAAGAUGAUGAAAUUAGGAGUGGAGCUAGAUGGCAGCAAUAUUAAACCGGACGUUAGCGAUACAAAUUAUGUAGACAAUGAUAAAAAAUUGGAUAAAAAUAAAAAAUUUUACAAUUUAAACAUGGAUAAAAUACCAUGCAAAAGUACUUUUAGUAAUAAUGAGAAUAAUUCUAAUGAUUAUGAACAUAAUAAUUUUAAAGAAAAUAAUUUUAAUUAUAAUGGUCGUAACACUCAUAAGGAAAAUUUUGAUUUUAAGAAGAGGAAUUAUAAUGAUUUUAGGCCUAAUUAUAGUGCUAGCCGAAACUAUCAAAACAAUAUUUUUCGAGACAGUGAGGGUAACUCUAGAAAUUUUCGUAAUAACCAAUCUUCGAAUAACAAUUCAAACUAUUACGGAAGAAACUCCAUGUGGCACAACAAUAAUUAUAAUAGAAACAAUGCCUGGCAAUACAAUAACAAUUCAAACAAUUAUGGUAGAGGUACUUGGCAAAACAAUAAUUAUAAUGGGAGAAACAAUUCCUGGUCUUACAACAAUCAAAGAAAUCAGAGUCUAUAUAAUAAUCGAUAUGGUUAUCAAUAUCAAACCUAUAAUAACAACAAUAAUGGAGAAAAUAAUACGUGGAAAAAUUAUAAUCAGAAUAUUAAUCAAAGAAAACCAUUACAAUAUAAUGACGUGAAUCAAAGUAACAUCAAUUGUAACAUGAACAUUGAAGAGAUUGUUGAAGAAAAAUAUAACCCUACACAAAAUAAUAAUGGUAGUGAUUUUAAUAUCAACAAUUUAACUGAGUUUAAACUUAAUGAUAAUGCGUUCAUGACCACUUUAAAAGUAAAUGAUGCUGUUGUUACUAUGCAGGUUGAUACGGGAUCCAAGUUUACAAUUAUACCUCAUGAUAUGGCUAAACAAAUAGGUAUUAAAGAUCUUAAAAAGUCCACUCUACAACUCACAGCUUAUGAUGGAAACUUAAUCAAAAUUAUUGGCGUCACUCAAGUUAAAGUAACCUACGAAGGUAUCACCAAACACUUGCAAGCCGUGAUCGUUAAAUCUAAUAAAAAUGCUUUAUUGGGACGUAUGUGGAUUAAUGCUUUUAGUAAUAUUUUGAACAAAUUUAUAGCAAACAUUGAUACCAACUAUGAAGAUGAAAUAAAGAAAUUAAUAAAAGAUUGCGAAUCUAAACUGACUAAAAAACCGAUUAACAAAGGGAAUGUCAAGAUAUAUCUACGUAACGAUGCCAAACCGAAAAUCAUACCACCUAGACGGUUACCUUAUUCAAAGAUAGACGCUGUUACUAGAGAACUUAUGAGAUGGAUAGGAGAUGGAGUCAUUGAGCCUGUAACAGAUGUCCGAUGGGCAAGUCCGAUAACCGCUGUCUACAAGGAUAAUGGGAGCGUUAGGGUUUGCGCCGACUUCAAAGACACUGUCAACCCAGCCCUUGAGGAUUUCAGAUACCCACUUCCAAGAAUAAAUGAUCUUAUCGCUAAGCUCAAGGAAGGGAAGAAGUUCACCAAGAUAGAUUUCAAGGAUGCGUUCCUAUAA